AGAAACCUUGUUGCAUAUCUUCUAGGCAACCAACGACCAACCAGGGACGACCACGCGCAAGGAAGUCUAGAAGCAUCAGUUGUGUUUUGACAUCAGAGGUGGGAGGACACGCGGCGGCCUACCCUGGACAACACUAACUCAGCGUGCCGGGCCCUUCAUGAUGGCGUGGACGUGGCAGAGGACCUCCCUUACUCUCCUGGUGGUGGUGGGACUCCUGCUGGCCGGCGGAGCAAAGGCUGACGACGAGGAAGAAGUGACAGUAACAGAGGAAGUUGUUGAGAAGGGAGAGGAAGUUGAAGAUGUAAUUUACACCACACCAAAGCAGAUUGAAAAUGCACAUCUCAUGGAGACCUUUGAUGAUUCAGUAGCUUUUGAGAAGAGGUGGAUUCGAUCUCAAGCCAAGAAGGAAGGAGUGGAUGAUGAUAUCGCCAAGUACAAUGGUGUUUGGGAACUUGAGGAAUCAGAAAAGAUGCCCCUUAUUGGUGACCGAGGGCUGUUGUUGAAGUCAAAGGCUAAGCAUGCUGCCAUCUCAGUCCCCCUGAAGAAAACCUUCAACUUUGUAGACAAACCUCUGGUGGUGCAAUAUGAAGUCAAUCUGCAGAAUGGCCAGGAGUGUGGAGGGGCUUACAUCAAGCUCCUGACUGACCAGGAUGGAGGGGUGGACUUAAACAACUUCAAUGACAAAACCCCAUACACCAUCAUGUUUGGACCUGACAAGUGUGGAAACGACUACAAGCUGCACUUCAUCUUUAGACACGUCAAUCCUCUCAAUGGCGAGAUUGAAGAGAAGCACGCAAAGGCAACUAAUCCGCGUGAAAGAAUUGAGGAGCCAUUCAAGGACAAGAAACCACACUUGUUCACCCUGGUGGUGCGGCCAGACAACACUUAUGACAUCUCUCUGGACCAGGAGGUGGUGAACACUGGUAGUCUGCUGGAGGACUUCUCGCCACCAGUCAACCCACCUAAAGAAAUUGACGACCCUGAGGACUUCAUGCCUAAGGACUGGGAUGAGAGGGAGAAGAUACCUGACCCCGAGGCCACAAAGCCUGAUGACUGGGAUGAGGAUGCCCCCAUGCAGAUCCCAGACCCUGAUGCAGUGAAACCCAAGGGCUGGCUGGAUGAUGAACCCGAGAUGGUGCCGGAUCCAACUUCUGAGAAACCUGAAGACUGGGAUGAUGAAAUGGAUGGUGAGUGGGAGGCAGCUUUGAUCAACAAUCCCAAGUGUGCUGAGGCUCCUGGGUGUGGGGAGUGGAAGGCACCCGUGAUUGAUAACCCAAGCUACAAGGGCAAGUGGAGGCCACCAAUGAUUGAUAACCCGAACUACCGUGGGAAGUGGAAGCCACGCACCAUCCCGAACCCCGAUUACUUUGAGGACCUGGAGCCCUUCAAGAUGAGGCCCAUUGCUGCUGUUGGUCUUGAGCUGUGGUCUAUGUCGGACAACAUCCUCUUUGAUAACCUCCUUGUGACUGACAACAUGGCCGAUGCCAAUCAGCUGGCUGCAGAAACUUAUGAUCUGAAGAUAAUGAAGUUGGAGAAGGGACAGGUUGGUGUGUUCCGGCGUAUCAUCAAUUACUCUAAUAAAAACCCGUGGCUGUACGGUCUCUACGUCCUGCUUGUGGCCAUCCCUGUAGUGUUGAUCUUUACUUGCUGCUGUGCUGAGACAAAGGAGUCAAAGAACGCCAAGCGGAAAAAGACUGACGAGCCAACAGAAGACGACCCCCAUGCUGAAGAGGAGGAAGAUGCAGCAGCAGGCAAGGCAGGGGAGGAAUCUGCAGAGAAUGAUGCUGCUGCUGCUGCAAGUGAAGAGUCAACUGAGAAUGUAGACAGUGACACAGCUAAAGAUGCCAAAGAUGAGGAAGAGGAAGAGCAGAAAGAGGAGGAAGACAAGGACACAAAGAGUGAUAAGGAGGAGGAGAGUCAGCCCCGCACCUCCCCAAGGCUUCGUAAGUCUCGAAGAGAGUAAUGGAUGUAUGGAAGUCACUUUGUUGUCAUGGUAAUCAAGAUUCUUAGGUGAUUGGAGUGUGAUGAUUAGCAAGAACGAAUAUUUGAUUGGAUUUUUAUAUGAGGCCUUAUGAUGCUAAAUAGUACAGUAUAUAAGCAGUUUUAUGCAAAAUACCUCAUUAGAUGAUUUUGGGGUAAUGGGACUACCAGACUGUUCUCAUUUGUUGAAGUUCUUUGCAUCUUGAGAUGCAGUGGUAUUAUAAGAUUAUGGAAGAUGUUAUUUUACAUGCAGAGAAGAAUGAUCUUGUAACACAUGCAUCAUUCGUACCUAGUCACUAGAGGAUCAAAUCUUAUGAAAUGCCUUUUCUGUAUACACUUCUGCUUACCAUGCCAAGCUCUCCACUCUAGGGCAAGUGUGUACUGUGAUAGCUGGACAUUUCUUUCCUCUCCUCUUCAGAACAUUCCUUUGUUCCUCAUUGACAGAGUAGUUGAAUUAGAAAACAUUGAGGCAUAACAUGUUUGAAGGGAAGAAAUCUGUAAAGUGAAAGGAGCUUUAGUUUACCACAACUUGGGUUCAAUAUGACUAAUUAUGUGUUUCAUGUUCACUUUUUUGUAAGUGGAAUGUGGUAAUGUUUGCAUAUCAUCUCUACGGAUUAUAAGUACUACUUUCUUAUUUAAGAUGGUGUUAGGCGACUAGAUUUAUCUGUAAAUGCUGUUGUUUAUGUAAGUUUGACCAAUCUUUUAUGAUCUUGUGAAGAGGCUGCAGCCUAAUCUUUCUUGUAUUUUAGUUGUUAGUUUUACAUUCCCUUCACUUGGCAAGGAAGUGCAAGAACAUAAGCAUGUACAUCAUGCUUCACCAUGCGGGUAGACACUCAUCUAUUGUCACAUGAUCACUUGAAUCCCUAAAUUCCAAAAUAAUUGGGGUUGGUAGUGUGCCAUCCAGGUGUCACUGUAAUUGGCUGACCAGUGAUUGGCAGCUGCAGUCCUCCAAUCCAAAGCCUGGACACACUGUGCUUGUAAGAACCAAGUGAUUUAAGUAUUUACUUAAUUUCUUUUGGCAUUGGUACUUGUUAUUUUCACAAGGAGUGCAGAGCAUCACCAUUGUUAUAUGAUGUAAAUGUUUUAUGUCUCAAGCUGAGAACUGCUGACCAGGUAGUAAACCUACAUUGUAUGAGUAUUGGUCUUGUGGCUGAUGGUUCCCGGCUAAUGUGAUGUAACACCCCAACUGCCCUUAACCUGAUGCAGUUUGUCUCCAAUAUUUAUUCCUGCCUGUAUGUUGUACAGAAGCUUUUACAAUAAAUAUUUUCACUGAA